AUGCAUUCAUACGUCGGUGUCCACAUGUCUACACAUGUAUGCAUUUCCGUCGUAGUGUCGAUUUUUCUAUCGUGCGUGCACUUUGUAGGAAUUCAGAUGGAAACAGCAUGUGGACUUGGAGCGCCUAAGGCCAGGGUGGCCUCGCGUGCGCCUUUUUCUUGCCAAGCUCCCACCACGAGAGUUGACACGAAAAGCGAGACAAACCAGAUAGCACUGGCGCAACACAGGAAGCCAACAACACUCAUUUUGGUCGUGUGUCCUCGCCACGGUUUCGAUGUUCCCAGUCUCCAAAAAUGCCAGCUCGUCUGCGCCGUGCUCCAACCAGGAAAGCUACACCGAUGUCUCACGCCUUUCCUCCAACGGAGAAGCGACGACACGUUCUCCUUUUCUUCUCCUCUGUUGAGUUGCUCGUCUCUCUGUUUCCGUUUAUAUCCGCGACGAAUGUCCCUUUCCUCGUCGUCGUCGUUCUGA